GGAGCAGCACUGCGUCCUUUUGACCCACAGUUGCUUUCUCCCUCGUCAUUGACAGAGAUCAGAAGCGGACCCAAGAUGCCUUUGACUGAAAUGGAGCAAUCCGUUCAGACCAUCCUGAAACUGUUCCACGAAUCUGCAGCCCAAGAGGGCGACUUUGACACUCUCAGCAAAGCGGAGCUGAAAGGGUUCAUCACCAAGAACUUCCCAACCUUCAUGAAGAAAUUGAAGGACCCCAGCAUGCUCGACAAUGUAUUCGAACAGCUGGACACCAACAAGGACCAGGAGAUCAGCUUUGGGGAAGUCAUGCAGUUCGUCACCAUUGUGGCCAUUCUGAGCCACGACCGCCUCCAUGGGGGGAGCGAGUCUUCCGCUCAGUGAGGCCAACGUGCCUAGCAAAUAUACGCGGCGCGAGCCAAACGCAGGGGUUCCCCUCAACUUCUUUGUUCGGUGCUGUCAUGGGAAGACAAUAAAGGUCAACUCUAAAGUUG